AGCGUGGGAGCCUCGCCGUCUGUCUCCAUCCAAAAGGUUUUGACUUCCUGACCAUCAUGGCAUCAAGAAACCUCUGGAAUGUGAGCAGUAACAUUCUUUUUGGUUCAAGAUGUUGUAUAAUUCAAUUUUCAACAGAAAUCUUCCUCAAGACAGCUUCAUUUAGGCCAUUUGGUGUGAAAUGUGAUAAUAAAAAUGGCAAAUCUUUGAAAAACAAGGAUCUGCUGAAUAACCUACUUACUCUGGGAGUUGAUAUUGACAAGGCAAAGAAAAGACAGCCUGGAGUUUUUAAUAGGAUGGAAACUAAUGAGCAGACUUUGAAGAUAUUCCUUCUGUCAAAGGGAGCUAGGAAAGAAGUGAUUGCUAGCAUCAUAUCAAGAUAUCCACGAGCCAUAACACGCACUCUUGAAAGUCUUUCAAAACGAUGGGAACUGUGGAGAACAAUUAUGACAUCAGACCUGGAAAUUGUAAAUAUUUUGGAACGUUCUCCUGAAUCUUUUUUUCGGUCUAAUAACAACCUAAAUUUAGAGAAUAAUAUAAAGUACCUCCUCUCAGUUGGGUUGACCCAUGAUUGCCUUUGUCGAUUGUUGACCAAUGCCCCUCGCACUUUCUCCAAUACUCUUGAUUUGAAUAAACAGAUGAUUGAAUUUUUGCAGGAAGUCUCUUUGUCCUUAGGUCACAAUGAACCCAUAGAUUUUGUUCAGAAGAUAAUUUUUAAAAAUCCUUUCAUCUUAAUUCAGAGCACCAAGAGGGUGAAAACUAACAUUGAAUUUUUACAGUCAACUUUCAACCUGAACAAAGAGGAACUUUUGCUUCUAAUAUGUGGUCGAGGAGCUCUACUCCUAGACCUUUCCAAUGACUAUGUCAAAAGAAACUACACAAAUAUAAAAGAAAAACUGUUUUCUCUUGGAUGUACUAAUGAGGAGGUGCAGAAAUUUGUCUUAAGCUAUCCAGAUGCAAUCUUCUUGUCAUAUAAAAAGUUUAAUGAUAAAAUAGACUGUCUCAUAGAAGAAAAAAUUAGUAUUUCACAAAUAAUCAAAAGUGCUCAGGUUCUAGACUCAAGUAUAAGUACUUUGAAAAGUCGAAUCAAAGAAUUGAUACAUGCUGGCUAUAACCUGAAUACAUCGAACAUUCUUCUCCUAUCAUGGAGUCAAAAAAGAUACAAAGCUAAAUUGAAAAAACUGGGUGGAUAAAAUAGUGCUGGCAGAGUUGAAAAAGAGUCUUAGAGUGAUAGAAUUGGCAUUUGUCCUUGCUAAAAGUUAAGUAUUGGUAACCACAGACACAUGUAUAAUGAUAUAUUUUUUUGUAAGUUCAUUAAAAACUCAUGUUUUGUAGGCUUAUGAAUAGCUCAAUGAGACCACUAUCCAGCUUCUAACCUACAGAGCUGUAUGAAUAAAUCAGUGUUGCUUUAAAUCACUAGUUUGUGAUAACUUACUAUAGUCACAAAAAUUAAUAUGGAAAUUGAAUAGAUGAUUAGUUACAUUGCAAAUAAAGUCACAAAAUAGAGUUCCCUUAUUUCUGUAUAUAUUCCUCUUGUAAAGCGAAAUUAUACCUUAAAAAAAUCUGCCUAUUUUUAUGGAAUUACUAAUAUGAAGUCUAUGAAGUUCUCUACAUGACUGGCUAAAAUAUGGAUGGGAAAUAAUAAAAUGUAAAAAUAUUUUUGCUUAAUAAAUAUAGUAUAAAGAUGGUGUCCAUCAUUUCUGAACCUUUA